AUGCGGGAAGGCAAUGGGGUUGGAAGGGGGUGUCUCUACUUCUGUAUUAAAAGUCGGCAAAAUUGGCCUUUCGAAAAUAAAGCACAUCACUGCAGCUGGGAGGGAGCAGAACGGAACGCGGACGCGUUGUUCAGGGCGCUCCGCGCCUUGAGUGCGGAGGCUACGUGCACGGUCCGUGCUUCCAACGCAGCAGUGGCCUUUCUAACUAGGGUUUGGGGUCGAGGGAGAAAGGAAGGAAAGAGGGGAUUCCGGUGCUCGGCGCGCGGAACGUGCGCCUUGAUCACGGUUCCUCAUGUGGGUCCUCGUCUGUGGGUCAAGGCCUGCGGGCCUUGA